AAAAAAAAAAAGGACUAAAAAAGUGAGAGUCAAGAGUCCGGAAAGUGUUGGUGAAGAUGCCGCGGGUAGUCCCGGACCAGAGGAGCAAGUUUGAGAAUGAGGAGUUUUUCCGCAAGUUGAGCAGGGAGUGUGAGAUUAAAUACACUGGGUUCAGAGACCGGCCCCAUGAAGAGAGACAAGCUCGCUUCCAGAACGCCUGCAGGGACGGACGGUCAGAAGUAGCCUUUGUAGCUACAGGUACCAACCUCUCUCUCCAGUUCUUUCCAGCCAACCUGCACGGAGAACAGAGGCAGGUUCCUACAAGGGAGUAUGUCGACUUUGAGAGAGAGACAGGAAAGGUCCAUUUAAAGGCUCCUAUGAUCUUGAAUGGGGUGUGUGUGAUCUGGAGAGGCUGGAUCGACCUACAGAGGCUGGAUGGGAUGGGAUUCUUGGAGUAUGAUGAGGAGAGGGCGCAGCAUGAGGAUGCUUUGGCGCAGGCAGCGUUCGAAGAGGCUCGCCGCAGAACCAGAGACUUUGAAGACAGAGACCGAUCACACAGAGAGGAUCUUGAGGACCCUGUGGUUUCUAAAAUCUGGGACUGAUGACACACAGACAGACAGCCAGCAGAAAAGAACAGGUCCAGACGACAGCAGGACCCCAGCCCUGGCUCAAACAUGGCCAACGCUGAUGUGGAACACAAGAUGCGCUGAGGAGGACGAGGAUGAGGAAGUGGUGGGAGGAGGAAGAAGAGAAAACCAGGGCUGGCUGUCUACUCACUUUCAAUGCAAUCAAAAAAAAAUGUCAACUGAAACUACAAUUGUAGAGCAAUUGUUCACCAGUAUUUCCUAACAGGUUUGAUAUGAUCGUUUUCACACGCCAAACAUUUUUUGAGAUAUUUAAAUGUAAAAGACAAUAAACGUCCUAAAUUGAUUGAAUUGAAAGUGAUGCAAGCCCUAGAAAAGAAGGAUUACAACGAAUAAGGACACAACAGACCUGGGCAAAAAGUAGUUGAAUAUAUUUAAAUACAGAGGAAGGAACGUGAGCAGUUGAUUUAGCAUUAUAUUGCAAAUGUGACACACAUCCAGAGUUGAAGUUAUAUAAGAGAUCAAGUCAUUCAAUAACGUUGAUAUUUUUUGUCCAGGUCUCAAAGGAUUUGGUGGAUCAGGGUAGUUUCAAAAGUACCAAAAGUAUAUUUUCUAUCAAUACAAGAUGGUCAAAAUAGAGAGGUUAAAGAUGUCAUUAAGGAGGACAGACAGAACCUAGUAGGAGCAGUGAAAAGAGAGAUUGAUCUGAUUCAGGGUCAGAGGUCAGGGCUUAUUGAUCAGGAUUACCAGUAGAGCAUGCAUUAAAAGUGAGGAGUUGACCAUUUGUGAAAAAAAGAGAAAGGAUUCGGCAUUGUUCCAUGUUGUGCAACACUUCACAUUUGUGAACAUGCCUGUGUUAACCCCCACUAUGCCUUGCUCACUUCCUGAAACCUGCUGUUUUCUUUGACCAAAGUUCACUUUGCUGGAAAGGGAGGGAGGGGGGAGGAAAGGGGGGAUGAAAGAAGGGGAAACUAAAAGAAGGAGAAACUGAGUCGCAUUUAAAGAGUGGGCAGGUGGGAAGAGAGCAUCCAAAGAGAAUAAUGCAAGGUCGUGGGGUUAAGAAGUGUUUGCUGUACUAUGAUAAUCACAGUCUCUUUAAAACAUGCCCUGACUAUAGAAUCACAGGUUAUGUAGCAACAACCUCGAGGCAGGACAGCUAACAAACAAAACUGCUACACACUCUACUAUCUUUGGCUCUGGAAGUGUGUGUAAGUGUGUGUGGGUGUGUGUGGGGGGGUAAUUUCAAAUGUCCUUUGUCUUCUGAGGGGUUUUUGCACUAUGUGAUACAAUCAGUCUUGCUCCCCACAUGGCUUUUCUUUAUAUGCAUGAAACAAAACACAGGCCUACCUAUGUUCUUUAUUGUUCCCUAUGCAGCCUAUUUAUCGCGAGAGCACUCUCUUUACAGCGCUUUGACAAGGAAUAACUGGGUGAUUCAAGGUUAUUUCACCAAAUGACAGAGCACAAAAGCAUCUUUUAUUUAGUCGCCAUAUGUUUGUGUCCUAAUGAGAAACUUGAGCAGAUGUGCUCUUGUUAUCAGCUCACAUGCUGCUGUGGUGUCAUGAAAAAAUGAACUCCUAUGUUGUGCAUGAAGGUAGUGACCCUACUUUUUGGCGCUUGUCCUUUAGAAUCUGUGCACACCUGAACCAAAAAUUAAGUGCUUUGCGUUUUCAUAGCCACAGGGUCAUCGUAACAUAGCAGCACUGUCCAGUGAAAACUAUGUAGCUUUAAAUUUUUUAGAAAAACUGAAGGAUGAAGUGUUCCUUUAUGGGUUCAGAAGAAUGUCCUACUUGGUAAGAUAAAUAAACCAUUUAAAAAGCCAUCGGAUUAUCUGAAUUAUGCAUUGUCGCAAAGCUGAAAACAGAUUUUUUUCUUAGCUUGUGACCUUUUGGAGAUAUGUGGAUUUCACUGGACAGCAAUGAUAGGUGACAUUAUAUGCUACUAUUCAGAUGGAUAUCAGCCAUGACAAUCUCUUCAAAAACACACGUGUCACAAGUCACGUCAAUCAAUAUUAUUAAUUUAUCAGCUCAGAUCAUAGACUCCAGUUUAGUUACAAUCUAUCUAUUGAUCACCCAGAUAUUCCUCAUCAUUAAAGGACUGCCGAUAUGCAGUCUUAAUACUAUUCCCUGUCCUGUUACAGCACUAGUGUAGUGAAAUGCUAUGUUUUGUUACUUUCUCGUUUUGUUUGUGUGAAAGUCAUGAUGUUUACUUUUUAUAUUACUUCUCACCUCUGUAUAUGUAUUCGUUUUUGUUCAUCUUUCAGCUUUGUUAUGAACUAGUGGUAGCAGCGGUAGGUUAUUUUAUGUAAAGUUAAAAACUGCAAAAUGCCUCCAGAAAUCUGGGAGUUUUGAGGACUUUUGUUGCUCUUGUUUUUCAUUGUUUCAUGUGUUCCUUUUAUUAAUGUUAUUUUUAUUUUUUGUAAGGAAAUCCACUUCCUGGGUUAAAUACAUUGAAUGUGGAUUGACUCGACUCCUGUUUAGGCGAUAUAAAUGUUUUUAUAUUGUGCAACUAGAAGCUCAUUUCAUUUUUUGUUUUGUUUUACAUUUAGUGCACUCAACGGUUUUAUUAUAACUAUUAUAACCAAGAAAAAUCUUUUGUUUAUUUGUGUUUUACUCAGUCUGACUUAUUAAGAAGAGAAGAAUUUUAAAAAACUGGUGAUUUUUUUUUUCCAUUGAGAGCCAUGUGUUUGUAACAUUUUAAAAGAGUAAAGAAAUGUUCUUGCCAAAAUUUAAUGGUUGACAUUAAAAUAAAGAAGUGAAUUAAAAGCUCAGACUUGAUGACAGGACCCUGGUCUGACAGGCUACAGGGAGGUUAUACAAUUUUAAAAGAACUAAAAGGAACUGCUAUAGCUGCAAUGCAACACAUUUGUCAAGUUUUCUACAGCCUCAUUAACAAAAACCCACAAUAGGCUCAGGGUGCAACGAAAAACAAUGCAGGAUUUGGACAUUUGGAUACUACAUGGAAGGACUUAAUUGGGUUGACCUAAGGUCAGAAAAUGUACUUUCUCGUUGGCAGGCAUUGUUCAUUUUCUCCUACAGAGAUUUGGGAGACUGGGGAGAAAAGCUUACAUGUUUCCCUUUUUCUCAGAGCACACUGAUCCUGCAAAGUCAGCUGGCCUUGUGACUCGGUGCUUAAUUAGUUCAAGAAUGUGGAAAAAAUACUUUCUGUCUGAGGGCACCUUCAGUGUGAUACGUGUUGGAUUUUUGUGACUGAGUUUGAUAGUGUUAUGUUGAAAGGUCCAGCAGAUGCGACACAGUAGUGAAGUGGCAUUAAAGACUUUGGAUGAGGAGGUGAAGUGGGGUGGGGGGACAGAGGAAGGCACUAGAACAUGAGGGAGUAUAAAGCGGGUUAUGGUAUAUACAUGUUGGUGAAAGUUGUCAUAUUCACAGGAACUUACAGUGGUUGUUAUGUUUCUAUGAAGCUGAGUCAUUCUUCACUUGCAUCCAGUGUGGAAAAAGUUUAGGGACCCCAAAAAUACAGAGCAGGAAGUUUUAGCUUUGAUUCAAGCAGUGUAGGUGGUGGUGCAAGCUGCUUUUUCAAAAUAAGAUCAGUGGGAACUGACAGAGUGUUGGGUAGGAACCAAUAUGAGAGGUGAGAUGUAGGUGGACAGUCAGAGAAAGUACAGUUUGGAAUGAUGUAGCCCAUGCUUUCUGUAGGUUUUUGGAAAUCUGUAAGUCAUGAAUUAAUUGGUUAUGCCGGUACUAGAGCUAGACAAGAACCGAUCAAGCUGUUUCUCAGAUAAAUCUUAGAAACAGCACCACCCGUGUGUGGUCUCAUGCAAUCUGCCAUAUCUGUAGAAACUGGCGCAACUCUUGGUCAACCUAAAAAAUCUAUGUGUAUGGAUUUACAGUGUACUCAGGUUAAGAAUCAGUGAGGGGUUGCUUAGAAGUGACAAGUCAAAUUUAGGAAGUUACCACAGCGUACCACCCCGUCCCCAUCACACCCACACAGUGUAUCAAUGUACCAUUAUUUACAAUGGUUAGCCAUGUAAACAACUUAGUUGAUACUCCAUCACUCAUUUUUCUUAAUGCAGGCAUUAAGGCAAAAAAAAAGAAUAAAUCAGAACCAUUUUCUUUCUCUCUUUUUUUUUUUUUACCUAAACUGUUCUUUCGUUUAAGUUAUUUAUACUUUGGUUUUAUUUAGAGAUCCAAAGAAGAACUCUGUGAUAUUUAGUGGCUUGUACACACUCCCCAAGUUCCUCCUUGUGUGAUCUGUCUUUCCCUCCGUUUUAGCGUUGAGCUUGUCCUCUCAGAGGAAUCUGAAAUAUAAGAUAUUAAAUUUAAAAUGUUGGAUGUUUUUCAUAAUAAACAUGUAUGAAUUC